AUGGGAGGCGUAGAUGAUAUCCAGUGGUUUGAUAAGUGUAUGGAUGAAAUCGGGUUGGUGUUUACCAAGGUUGACGAAACGAUACAAAAGGGUAUUGAACUCUGGACAGAGUUGACAAGAGAUAUCCAGCCUACUACUACCGAAGACUUGACCACUGGACAGCCAAAUAGUGGCGAAUCUGGUGAAGAAAAUUCCUCUCAGUACCCUGUCGCUGAGGUCAAAGAAAGACCGAGCCAACACUGGUCUAUGUGCCUUGCUGACGUCGAAGAAAAACCGAGCCAACACUGGGCUAUGCGUGCUUGGAAAAUUUCAGAGAGUUUCAUUCAAGAACAAAGCGGUGAUGGUGAUGGUGAUGGUGAGGAAGAAGAAGACAAGUCUACAGUUUCAGAAGAAGAUACUGAAUCGAUUUUGAUGUGGAUGCCUUCCGAGGAAGAAGAAGAAGAAGAAGAUGAUGAUGAUAAUGGAGAAGACGAAGAUGUUGACACGUUUUCCGAAGAAGAUGAUGAAUCAUGGAAUGAUGAUGAUGAAGAAAAUAAAGAAGAGGAUACUACAGCUUCUAAGUCUUCCGAAAACAUGUCGGAGCUUAGUUUGGGGACCUCAUCGACGAGCUAUAUCCCUAGUUCGUACCAUCAUCAUAAUGAAGAAGAUAAUGAUUCGAGGCUGAAGUGGAAAGGUUGCUAUCAGCUGUUAAAGAAUGUUGACACCUCUUCCGAAGAAGAUCUUUACUCAUCAUCUGAUGAUGAUAUUGUUGAGGACUGUCAUUACUCUAAAGGUGUCAAAGAAGUGAUGGGGAUAUCGUGGAAGCAUAUAAUGAUGAGUAAUUUAAGCAACGAACCAUUAAGGGCUCAUGAAGAUGAAGAUGACGUAGCGGAAAAGUUACUACACGGAUUUGUGGAUGUGAGGCAAGAGGAGGAUACGGAAUUUGAUGAGGUCGAGAUACUUUUCCCAGAAAGUGAUUGGGUCUACGUGACUAGGGACCAGAAGGGCUCUGCAUGAAUUUUGUUGGCAAUUUUUGUGUGUUUUUAAUUUGAGUUUUACACUUUAUAA